UAGUCUUAUUUUGCCUUCUGUCUCCCUCUGUGAACGUAUCAGGGAGUAAUAGAAAAACUACGUAUCCCGUGAUGUUAGUAGCGCCAUCAUUGUUUUCUGACGUAUGACCGUCGAACAUUCUUGUAUUUUCCCUUCGGUAACUCCAUCUUGAUGAAAUGAAAUGUGUUGCUGUUAAAUUUAAAAGCAAAGUGGCAUCAAAUGCAAAUAAUAAAUUAACAAGUCGCUUUUUAUAUCCUUUAAAAAAAAGCACAAAACAACUUAGCGUUUCUAAACUAAAAGCAUGUGGCUGUCCGUGGCCUCCAGGCCGCUGCUGACCCGAUAUCCUCAGUACCGGGAGGUAGGUUCGGCUGGGUUUGGGUUACACAAUGCAGUUAGGAUGAUAAGCGUUGCUCCGGGAAAGGUGAAGCUUAAUUACUGUCGCACCGAACGCCAGAUCGCUGCUUUCACGUCCAGCUUGCCAGUGAGCGAGUGUCCGCAACCCUGUGACUGUGAGGCCAAGAAUGUCAAAAUUAAGCCUCAGUACCCGCACCUGACCACACGGUGGAGCCCAAAGUUGAAUGAGUUAAAGUACUCAAAUUCUGCCACCGGACAGAGCUCCAAUCACGAACAAUACGAAAGAAGUCAGAAAAAAAAGAGGACUCCAUUUGGGAAUGUUACACCUGUAGGUGUCAUCUCAGUUACUGCCCUGGCAUACUGCCUGAAAAAAGAUUCCGAUUUAAAAGGAGAGGCAUUGCUGGAAGCAGCCAGGACCAAUAAUGUCCAGGAAAUCAGCAGGUUGCUGGCUGCGGGGAUCGACCAGAACAUUCGCCACCGACUGGGCUGGACUGCACUGAUGGUGGCAGCGAUGAGCCGCAACCACAAUGUGGUGAAAAUUCUGCUAGCAGCUGGAGCUGAUCCAAACCUAGGAGAUGAGUUCAGUAACGUCUAUGACACGUCCAGGGAGAAAGGGAUCCACUCUCUGGAAGUGAUGGUGACUCGGGAGGAUGAGUUCAGUAAUCGGCUGAAUAACCGGGCCAGUUUCCGUGGCUGCACUGCGCUUCACUACGCUGUCCUGGCAGACGACCUGCGCACCGUACAGAUUCUUCUGGAGGCAGGUGCCAACCCCCUGCUGGCUAAUGAGAUGGGGCACACGCCGCUCAUGUAUGCCAAGGAAGGGGAGAUGCUGAAGCUGCUCAAGGACUGGGAGGUGAAGUUCCAGGAAGUUCAGCGGCGUCGGGAAGCUGAGGAGAGGAGGAGGUUCCCGCUGGAGCGCAGACUGCGAGAGCACAUCAUCGGCCAGGAGGGCGCUAUAAACACCGUGGCUGCAGCCAUCCGGAGAAAGGAGAACGGCUGGUACGACGAAGAGCAUCCCUUAGUCUUCCUUUUCCUGGGGUCAUCUGGAAUUGGUAAAACAGAACUAGCGAAGCAGGUGGCCAGGUACAUGCACAAGGAUGCCAAAAAGGGUUUCAUCCGAAUGGACAUGUCAGAAUUCCAAGACAAACAUGAAGUGGCCAAGUUUAUCGGCUCCCCGCCAGGCUACGUGGGCCACGAAGAAGGGGGUCAGUUGACCAAGAAGCUGAAGCAGUGUCCAAACGCAGUGGUGCUGUUUGACGAGGUGGACAAGGCCCAUCCAGACGUUCUCACAGUCAUGCUGCAGCUCUUCGAUGAGGGCAGGCUGACGGAUGGUAAAGGGAAAACCAUUGAAUGUAAAGAUGCCAUCUUCAUCAUGACGUCGAAUGUGGCGAGUGAUGAGAUCGCUCAACAUGCAUUGCAGCUGAGGCAGGAGGUCCAGGAGCUGAGCAGAAGGAGGAUAGCGGAGAAUCUAGAUGAUGUUCAGAUUGGUGACAAAAUCACCAUAUCGAAACAGUUCAAGGAGAAGGUCAUUCGUCCCAUAUUGAAGGCUCAUUUCCGGAGGGAUGAGUUUUUAGGUCGGAUCAACGAGAUUGUUUACUUCCUGCCAUUCUGCCACUCUGAACUGAUCCAGCUGGUCAACAAGGAGUUGAACUUCUGGGCAAAAAAGGCGAAGCAGAGACACAACAUCACCCUGCUGUGGGACCGGGAGGUGAUGGAUGUGCUAGCAGGGGGAUACAACCUUCACUACGGGGCGCGCUCCAUCAAACACGAGGUGGAACGGCGAGUUGUGAACCAAUUAGCUGCUGCACAUGAGCAGGAGCUCCUCCCCCACGGCUGCACGCUCCGCCUCUCCGUCGAUGAGAGUGACCGCUGUGGCCUGUGGGGUGGGGGGGACAGCGAGAGGGAGGCCCGGAGCCCAGCCCUGCGUCUGGAGAUUGUGGGAGAGGACAGUACUGCCCGCAAACUGGACAUCAGGCCCCCACUCAUCCCAGAGGAACUGGCCUUCUCUCUCUGACCUCCUCCCCUACACCACAGCCGGGGAGCCACAUCACAUCGUCAAGGCCACGAAUGCAUGAACAGCAGUUUAUAAUUGUCUUGUGAGGAAAGUAAUACAUAGAACACAGAAUACCAGUUUGGAAUGCAUUCCAGUCUUCAUCAAGGGGGGUUCUGGUGACAUCACCACAACAGCUCUGCUUUAAUGGUUUGUCACAAGGAUCAUCAUUCGGAAUUAUAAGAGUGUAAUACGUUGAAGUUAUUUAAACAAAAAAUAUGAAAACUUUA